GUGGGCUAGAAAAGUAGAAAACUUCCCACGAGCAUUGAUCCCGAAAAGAAAGAAGAAUUUAAUUAAUUUUUAUAAAAUAAAUAAAUAAAAAAGAAAGAAAAUAGUGGGAAAUGCAAAACAGUAGUCUGUGAUGUAAGCAAGCACCUUCACCUUCCCUAUCAUUUAUAAAUAAAAACUCGCUCUUCCUUUCCUCCAACUUGACUCACUAUCUCCGUUGACACCCUCUCUCUCUCUCUCUCUUAAAAGCAAACAAACAAACCAAAAAAAAAAAAAAAAAAAGGAAACUAACAGCACCGAUUCUUACUGCGAUGCAAGGCCUACAACGUUACCCCAGCGAUGUCGUCCGGCUAGACCUUACCCCAACUCCAACAACCACAGCAGCAGCAACGACGACCACAAGAAGCAACAACUCAUCAUCCUCCUGCUCAUCAUCGUCAUCUCUAUCAAUCGACGCCAUCGAAUCAGCCGAAACAAAAAUCCAACGCCUGAUAUCCGAGCAUCCGGUCAUCAUAUUUUCUCGAACAUCGUGUUGUAUGUGUCAUGUUAUGAAGAAUCUCCUCGCGACAAUCGGUGUUCACCCGACGGUCAUCGAAUUAGAAGAUAGCGAGAUCUCAGCUCUCCCUACGCAGGACGAUAACAGCUCCUUUUCAUCAUCAUCAUCAUCUUCUUCUUCUUCUUCUGCUUCUUCUUCUCCUGCAGUGUUCAUUGGAGGAACGUGCGUCGGUGGACUCGAGUCUCUUGUGAAGCUCCAUCUUAGCGGUCUUCUGGUUCCUAAGCUUGUUGAAGUUGGUGCUCUUUGGGUAUGAUUAUCAAUGAUUUACUAGAUUUGGUGUUUUCUCUAUUAUUAAUGUUAAGUGAACAUAAAAAAAAAAAAAAAGAGCUUCUAGGCAGAAUAAUUAAUUAAUUAAUUAUUAGCUUUGUUCACUAUUUAAUGCUCAAAUACUUAGAAGAUAGAGAUGCGCUAAAUUAAGACAAAAACAAAAACAAAGUAUGUGUGAUUAAGGUUUAAGUUUGAGAUUGUUUAUCUUCUCCUCUCUUUUUAUAAUUAAUAUCAGAGGAAUGAAAUUAUGUCUUUCUCUGUGUAUCAUGUAAUUGUAGAUUCAAGUUCAUGAAUUUCAUUUUCUUUUUAUUUUGAAUGUUCACAAUAUAAUUAACAAACAAUGAACCAGCUAGGGUUAUCUAUGUGGGGUCCAAUGCUAAUUAUUGAGCAAUCAGAGCCGUUUUUAUUUUUA